AUGCAAAGUGCAGAAAAGGCAGUUAUCCGAGUACAUUCCGGAGCACAGAAACUUGCUGCUGCAUCUUCAGUCCGCGAAUCCAGAUCCAGUGCGCGCCAGGUCCGGGCCAGGGCGAGCGCCAGUCACGGCAACGCAUGCAAUCCCCGCGCGUUCGGAGAGUUUCAGUGCGUUUUUAGUGCGUUUUUAGUGCGUUUUAGUGGGUUGUGUUGGCGCUGGUGGUGUGUGAGAGUGGAUUUUAAUAACCGGUCGUUUCCACCACCGGUAGAGGGCGCGCGCUCCUGUGUCGCAGCUUCCGGUAGGAUCCAACAUGGCGGCGCUCUAACCUCGCGCCUGCAGCAGCUCCUCGCGCCACGAGCCGCCAUGGACGCCUUAACCCAGUCCCUCUCGGCCUCCUUCUCUGUGUCGUCGGAGCCCAACAGCACCGCGGCCCCUCACCCUCGGCUGGCCCAGUACAAGUGCAAGUACAGUGUGCUGGAGCAGAGUGAGCGACGCCGCAGGUUCCUCGAGCUCCAGAAAACUAAAAGGCUAAACUACGUGAACCAUGCGCGGCGUUUGGCGGACGGGGACUGGACGGAGGCGGACAGCGAUGAAGAGCAGCAGCAGAAAGAGCAGUCCCAGGACGUCCCAGCGGAGGAAGAGGAGGAGAUGGAGGUGGAGCGGAGGAAGCUGCCCAAGCACUACGCCAACCAGCUGAUGCUGUCGGAGUGGCUGGUGGACGUCCCGGCAGAGCUCAGCACUGAUUGGCUGCUGGUCUUUUGUCCCGUGGGGAAAAGAUCUCUCAUUGUCGCCUCAAAGGGUUCCACUGCGGCUUAUACUAAAAGUGGAUACUGUGUGAGCCGCUUCCCCUCCCUGCUGCCGGGCGGGAACAGACACAACUCUGCCAUGGGAAAAGACUACACCAUCCUGGAUUGUAUUUACAGUGAGGUGGACCGUACGUAUUACAUCCUGGACGUGAUGUGUUGGAGAGGACACCCGGUCUACGACUGUCCGACCGAGUUCAGGUUCUACUGGCUCCAGUCCAAGGUCCAGGAGACGGAAGGUCUGUCGGAGAUCGCCAAGAGGAACCCAUUCCGCUUCGUGAGUCUCUCCAGCACCGACUGCUCUGCUCCGUCCAUCCAGAAGUGUUUGGCCUCAGACUACGGCUUCACGGUGGACGGGCUCCUGUUCUACCACAGACAGACCCACUACACCCCCGGCAGCACCCCCCUGGUGGGCUGGCUCAGGCCGUACAUGGUCGGGGACAUCCUGGGUCUGGAGCUCCCGGACGGACCGCUGACCCGAAAGCCGGACUACGCCUCGCACCAGCUGCAGCAGAUCCUGGAGCACAAGAAAACCUCCAGCGACGUGCGGCCUAUAGACGCCGACGGGGGCUACGAGCUGGAGUACCUCUCCACGCCGAGCCAGAACGGCGCCGACGACGGCAAGUUUUUAAACCAGAGACCCAUCAAAGAGGCGCAGAUGGAGGACUGA